AUGGCCCAAUCUGAUGCCACUGCCGCUGAGGCUGGCCACGUCGCAGCGACGGCGAGCACGAACACCCCGAAAAAAGCUGCAUCCGCGCCUGAAAAGAAGUACAAGUGCCAGUACUGCAAUCGAGCCUUCAGUCGCAGCGAACAUCGGAGCCGACACGAGCGGUCGCAUACCAAGGAGCGGCCCUUCAAAUGCCAGAAAUGUCGCAGCACCUUCGUCCGCCGGGAUCUGCUCCUACGCCACGAUCGAACCGUACAUGCAAAGGAUGGCGGUGUGCCGCUUCAGUCUGAAGGCCGGCAGAAGAAAUCAAGCACAACAUCAGGGACAGGUAAAGGUGCAGGCGCAGAGACCAAGGCGACGCCCUCAUCGGCGGCUGCUCCGUCGAAGCCCUCCAUCAGCAUCGAUCCUGGCACGUUGGAGCAGAUAGAGGCAAGCAGCGAUGGUAUGCUCGACCUUGAAACUGCCGCCAUGUUGAUGACAGACUUCCAACACAAGGCGGCAGCAGCAGCGAACGGCCAUCUGAACAACGGCGAAGGAUCCAUCCCCGGUUACUCCCCAGACCGCAGCUCGCUUCUCGGAUCGUCCGACUACCUCACUGGCACCAACAGCCUGCCGCACAUGCCCUGGGACAGCUUCAUGCCGCAAGGACCCUCGGACCAAAAAGCGCAUUCCAUGUCGAGCAUAUCGUCGCAAGACAAUCUGUCGCAGGCGCCCUACGUCCAUAUGGGAUCGAUACAGCCGCAUCAGUCGCAACUCCCACCGAUUAUGGAGCGCAACCACUCGCUCACGGCCUCACUUCCCUCCGCCUUUCCCGGACUAGCAGACACGUUCCCUGUCUCUGGAACCCCCACCCCUAAUGCGCUAUCGCCCUUCCCUUCGAUGACUGGUCCUGUGUCGCCAGUGAAUUACCGCAAGUCGCCUGGCCCGGCGCAACCCCUUUCCCUACCCAAAGCUCCCCAAAUUAGCAACGAAGACGAGAGGGCUAUCAUUGCUAACCAGUUAGUUGGGGACAUUGCCCUUCCCUCAUUGCCCUCCAUCAACCUCUACCUUACUACCUACUUCAACUUGUUCCAUCAUCACCUCCCCUUCCUCCACCCGGUCAGCUUCCGCCCUGAGACCACGGAGCCAGCGCUUCUCCUUGCCAUCCUCUCCAUUGGAGCCCUGUACAACUUCGAUCAAGAACAGGCCUACCUCUUGCACCACGGGUCCAAGAAACUUGUGAACCAGUUCCUACAGAACAAGGACAACUUCGACUCGAGGAAAUGCCCGCUGUGGACGAUGCAGAGCACGCUUUUGAACAUGGUCUUCGAAAGCUGGAGUGGCGGUUCCCAGGGCCUCGAAUGGGCGUGCUCUAUCAAAAGUCUGCUUGCUAACAUGGUUGCUGGCAAUAAAUACGAACUCAAGCUUCGGAUCGAUGCCCGGUCAGGAGCUCCUCCGACACACGAAGAGUGGGUCACCGAAGAGGGAUGUCGACGGACAUAUUAUGCUGUCUACAUCUUCUUUGGAAUGCUCACCUUGACUUACAACCACACGCCAGCCAUCAGCUUCAAUGAAUUCGACUCGUUGCCUCUGCCGUCAUCCGAGUCUCUAUGGAACAUUGAACCUAGCGAUGAAGAUUCCUGGCAAGAUAUCAUUGCAGCAUCACCAACCAUUACCGUCCGCGAAGCCCAUGACAGCCUCUUCCAGGGAGACGCCGCUCGCUACAGCGCUUUCGCCACACGGGUGAUGAUCAAUGCAUUGUUCUUGGAAGUCUGGAACCUCAGGAGAAGCUUCGAAUCAUUGCAAGAUGUCGUUCUGGAAUGGAAGAUUCGAAUCGCCCUCGAAACCUGGGAGCGAUCACUUGACCUGUGCGAACCGGAGACCAUUGUUGUACCCUUGAGCACACCACAUAAGAGUCACCCACUGAUCUUCAACUCGAUGGCUGUGUACCGGAACACAAGAGCCUUCCUUGAAGUGGACCUUAAAAAUGUUCAAGAGGCUCUGCGUUACCACAAUUCCUACGAGAUCGCCAACGCCAUGACACAGUCCCGAGACGCCGUCAAGAGAACCAAGGAAAUGAUCAAGGUCAUCGAGCAAUGUUACGAAUGCAUCGAGAUCGUCGCUAUGCAAGGCGUCAACUGGGUCACCAAGACAUCAUCAACGAACUGGAGCAUCGAACAUCCUCUUUGUGGUGUGGACCUCAUCACCAUUCUGAGCUUGUGGCUGUAUCGCAUCGAGCACGACGAUCAAGAGGCCACGGACGAGGAACUGUCAAUGUACAUGAAAGUGCGCGGCCUGUUUGAUGACGAUGCCGUGGAUUCGAAUGGAUCUCGCUUGAGCUCCACGGUGGCUCGUGUUUGGGGUUCGAUGCUGGACGGAGUCGUCGUCUGGGGCAUCUCGAGAACCAUGGGCGAAUCAUUCAAGCUGCAUUCCCAAGCACUUGUCGGCUACGUCGACGAAAUCAAUAUGGACUCCAUGACUGGCAUGCCACAGGUGUCCGACCAGACAUUGAUGGGCAUGGAAACAGCCUACUAA